AUGCCCAGCUGCUGCCUGCGGGCUCUGCCGGAUACAGGUGGCAAAUACCGGAUUGGCCCAGGCUCAGCGUCCGGCCUGGGGCACGGGGCCCCGCCCAGGGCGCUUCGGGAACGGGGGUGCCCCGUGUGCCGCCGGGUUCUUUCCCACCCCCCCUUCCUCCAGGCGCAGCCGGCGCUGAAGGAGUUAACGAGUCUGGUUCCCAAGCAGGGGAGGGGCCGGGGGCGAUGCAGGAGCCGCAGCAGCCAGCGGGACGCUCGGAACCUGCUCAGCCACCGGGACCCCCCCAGCCCCGGGAGCAGCCGCCCAGGGCAGGGUUACGGGCAGAGGAAGGAGAUGGGGCUGAUUCAGCCUGGGGCCCGCAGCUGCCACCAGGGUGACUCCAUGGAGCCCAAUGGCAGCAGCCCCCGGCCGGGUAACACCAGCCACCCCGAGGAUCUCUUUGCCGGCCUGGAGCUGCUGCUGCGCUUCAAGCCGCUCUUCCUCCCCCUCUACUGCCUCCUGGUGGCCGUGGCCUGCCUGGGCAACGCCUUCCUGGUGGGCUGCAUCGCCACCAACAAGAAGCUGCACAACGCCACCAACUUCUUCCUGGGCAACCUGUCGCUGGCCGACCUGCUGAUGUGCCUGACCUGUGUGCCCCUGACGGCCUCCUACGCCUUCGAGGGGCGGGGCUGGCUCUUCGGGCGCGCCAUGUGCCACGCCGUGGCCCUGCUGCAGGCCGCCACCUUCUACGUCUCGGUGCUCUCGCUGGCGGCCAUCGCCGUGGACCGCUACGUGGUGGUGGCCUACCCCGUGCGGCAGCGCAUCGCCCCGCACUACUGCGGCCUGGUGGUGGCCACCAUCUGGGCCCUGGCCCUGGCCCUGGCUGCCCCGCCCGCCUGGCACACCAGUUACGUGGAUCUGCGGCCCAUCGGACAUGACUCGAUCAUCUGUGAGGAGUUCUGGAGGCACAUGGAGAGGCAGCGGCUGGUCUACUCCUGUGCCAUGCUCCUCCUCUCCUACGUGGUGCCCCUCCUGGCCGUCACCGUCUCCUACUGCUCCAUCUCGGCCCACCUUCGCCGGAGGAGCCUGCCCGGCUCGGCCAACCUCAGCCAGGCCCGGUGGGACAAGACGAAGCGCAAGACCUUCCUGUUGCUGGUGGUUUCUGCCCUGGUCUUUGCCCUGUGCUGGCUGCCCCUGCAGGUCCUCAACCUCCUCCGGGACCUGGACCCCGAUUUCACUCUCCUGGAAAAGCGCUACGUCAACCUGGCCCAGGUCUCCUGCCACCUGGUGGCCAUGAGCUCGGCCUGCUACAACCCCUUCAUCUACGCCUCGCUGCACCGCAAGUGCCGAGCCCACCUGCGCGGCUCCAUCCGGCACAGGUAG